UCGCAUAACCUAAAUAAUGCCAACACGUCAGUCCGCCGUCAAAUUGGGCGCCAUUUCCCGGCGGGCAAUCAGGGCCGUCGGAUCAUCGGCGGACUCUCCUCCGCCGUGCGAUGUGUUCAUCAACCACCGCGGGAUCGACACGAAGCGGAGCGUGGCGGGGCUGCUGUACCAGCGCCUCCAUGAGGUCGGCGGCGUGCGGCCGUUUCUGGACAGCCGGAAUAUGAAGGCGGGGGACAAACUGGUCGAGAAAAUCGAGGAGGCCAUAAAGAAAUCGAAGGUCGGGGUGGCGGUAUUUUCGCCGAUGUAUUGUCAGUCGUACUUUUGUCUGCACGAGCUGAGCCUUAUGGUGGAGACGAGGAAGAAGAUUGUCCCAAUAUUCUGCGACGUGAAGCCGUCGGAGUUGGCCGUUAAGGACGACGGCUGCCGGCCGGAGAAGGAUCUCUGGAGAUUCCGGUCGGCGCUGCAGGAGGCAAAGGACACUGUCGGAUUGACAUUCGACACCUUAAGAGGGGAUUGGCCGGAGUUUUUGGCAAGGGCGACCGAGGCGGUGAUGGAUAACUUAUAG